AAGCACAGGGGAAGAGAAUAAACCAGUCACUAACUACAAGAAAUACCUUCCACUGGGAAAGAGGGUUAUGGACUAGUGUUUCUCACAGCAAAAUUUUGCAGGAAGACAGAGAUCCAGAGUUCACAUUUUCUCUUUUCUUUUCUGUAGCAAAUACUCAGCUGAAUAGAGAUGGACUGGAGCAGCAGCACUACCGUGGGUUUAGUGUUCAUCCUGACUUUUCUGAUCGUUUUCAAAAUCGGAAGUUUCUUGAAUAGCAACUGGAGAAAGAAUCUUCCCCCAGGACCAAGAGCAUUACCUAUCAUUGGAAACCUUCAUUUGUUUGACUUGAAGAGACCCUACAGGACUUAUCUGCAGCUGUCAAAAGAAUAUGGUCCAGUCUUCAGUGUUCAGAUGGGACACAGGAAAAUAGUAGUGCUUUCUGGGUACGAGACAGUGAAGGAAGCUCUUGUAAAUCAGGCAGAUGCAUUUGCAGAGAGACCUAAAAUCCCAAUCUUUGAAGAUUUGACCAAAGGAUACGGGCUUGUUUUUGCUCAUGGUGAAAACUGGAAAGUGAUGCGAAGAUUUACUCUCACAACCUUACGAGACUUUGGAAUGGGAAAAAGGGACAUUGAGGACCGCAUUGUGGAGGAGUAUGGGCACCUGUUAGACACCAUUGGGUCACAAGAAGGAAAGCCCUUUGAUGCUAGUAAAAUAAUUAAUUCAGCAGUUGCUAACAUAAUUGUGUCAAUAUUACUGGGAAAACGAUUUGACUACAAAGAUUCCAGAUUUAUAAGACUUCUACAGUUGACCAAUGAAAACAUGAGGCUUGCUGGGAAACCUUUGGUUACGAUGUACAACAUCUUCCCAUACCUUGGAUUCCUCCUAAGGGCUAACAAGACUCUUCUCAAAAAUAAAGAUGAAUUCCAGGCUUAUGUGAAAAUUACUUUUAUAGAACAUCUCAAAACUCUGGACAAAAAUGAUCUAAGAAGUUUUAUUGAUGCUUUCCUUGUUAAACAGCAGGAGGAGAAAUCCACUUCCAAUGGGUAUUUCCAUAAUGACAACUUGCUAAGCUUGGUGAGCAAUUUGUUCACUGCUGGCCUUGAGACAAUUUCCUCCACACUAAACUGGAGCCUUCUGCUGAUGCUCAAGUACCCUGAAAUUCAGAGAAAGGUUCAAGAAGAGAUAGAGGAAGUGAUAGGGUCAAACCCUCCACGAAUCGAGCAUCGAACUCAAAUGCCAUAUACAGAUGCUGUUAUCCAUGAAGUUCAGCGAUUUGCUAGUAUCCUGCCAUUGGAUUUGCCUCAUGAGACUACUACAGAUGUCAUUCUCAAAGACUAUUUCAUUCCCAAGGGAACCUACAUCAUCCCCUUGCUGAUCUCUGUCCUGCAAGAUAAAUCCCAAUGGGAGAAACCAGAGAUGUUCUAUCCUGAACACUUUCUUGACUCCAAGGGAAAGUUUGUGAAGAAAGACGCUUUUAUGCCAUUUUCAGCAGGGCGGAGGAUCUGUGCUGGUGAGACUCUUGCCAAAAUGGAGCUCUUCCUCUUCUUCACCAGCCUCCUGCAGAGGUUCACCUUCCACCCUCCCCCAGGAGUUUCCGCCUCAGACCUGGACCUCAACCCUGCUAUUUCAUUUAAUGUUAUCCCCAAGCCCUAUAAAAUCUGUGCUGUAGCACGUUCAUAGAGCUCAAAUCAGUAUAAAUUUGAUUUAAAAAAUAUAUGACAUUUUCAUGAUUUCUGCCUUCUUAAUCCUUUGGCCAAAAUCAUUCACAACAUUACAUCUUAAUAAAAUUCUUUAGUACCUCCAAACCAAAGUGGUGGUGUUUUAUUUUUUAUUUACUGAGGGAGGGCAUUUCCCGUGGACCAGAAGCCCAC